CGAGCUCUGAGCUCAAUUAUUCCUUCCAAUUAUUCUUUCAUGUAUUGACAAGUUUGUAUCAUUUUUUUUCGAUUUUUUGUGAAUAUUUUAUUUACACACAACUCAUUUAAACUGCAGCCUAUCACAAUCCACAAAACCCAUAUAUAUUUUUAUACUAUAUACCAUACGGUCCAUACCUUUGUGGAAGUGAUCAGCUUCAACUUUGGAGCAGAAUUCAACUUGUUAUUUGCUUUUCAUCAUCUUACAUUCCACUUUAGUCAUUAAAGUCUGCUAACGAAUGGAUGGCUGUAAUGUUUUCCCCGAGAAGGAAGUUGGAGCUGGUCUAGAUGCCUUCGUCGAGGAACAAUAUGCUUCUCUAUCUAAAUUAUAUAAAGAAUUCACAAGCAUGUCUACCAUUGACAAAGCAUGGACCUUUAAGUCUUCCAAUGGGCAGGGGUGUCAUACUAUGUUUUCACUUAGCCAGCCAAAUCUUUUAGCCAAUAAGAAAAAGAAGCUUAUGUUGUCAAGUGUUAUCUCUGAAGAUUCUGGUGGUGGUCUAGAUGUUUCAUGGGCACCAUUUCCAGUUGAAGUUACGGGUGCAUCUCUGAUGGCUCCGUCACCAUCGGGCUCAAAACUUCUCGUAGUACGAAAUCCGGAUGAUGAUUCACCUACUAAGUUUGAAAUUUGGGGGUCAUUGCAGUUAGAGAAGGAAAUUCAUAUUCCCCAAUCUAUGCAUGGUUGUGUGUAUGCAGAUGGAUGGUUUGAGGGAAUUUCAUGGAGCUCUGAUGAAACGCACAUUGCAUAUGUUGCAGAAAAGCCAACUCUAUCCAGAACAACAUUUAAUGAUAUGGGUUAUAAAAAAGACGGAAGUUCCACGGAUAAGGAUUUUAGUAGCUGGAAAGGUCAAGGGGAUUGGGAAGAGGACUGGGGUGAAUCCUAUUCUGGGAAAAGGCAGCCUGCUUUGUUUGUCAUUAAUAUCAGAAGUGGAAAUGUUCGUGCUGUAGAUGGAAUCGAGAAAUCUAUGAGUGUUGGACAAGUGGUAUGGGCUCCAACAACAAAAGGGGUACAUCAAUAUCUGGUCUUCGUUGGGUGGCCAUCAGACUAUAGGAAGCUUGGGAUGAAAUAUUGUACAAAUAGACCUUGUGCCUUGUAUGCUGUAAGGGCUCCAUUGUUUGGAUCGGCAACUAGUGAACUUGAGACAAGAGAGAAUGCGGAAGAUGCAUCAUUGAUAAAUAUGAGUCAGGGCAUAAGUAGUGGUUUCUUCCCACGAUUCACGCCAGAUGGGAAGUUUCUUGUAUUUUUAUCUGCCAAAAGUGCUGUAGACUCUGGGGCACAUAACGCUACAAAUUCUCUUCAUAGAACUGAAUGGAAAAGUGAAGGGCAACCAAGUCCUGCCAAGAUUGUUAAUGUGGUUCCUGUUGUGAUGUGUCCCGAGGAUGGUUGCUUCCCCGGGAUCUACGGUUUUGACAUGCUUACCAUGCCCUGGCUUUCAGAUGGAUCUACAAUGAUAUUAUCUUCCAUUUGGGGCAGCACUGAAGUAAUUAUAUCAAUAAAUGUGCUAAGUGGGAAAGUUUCAAGAAUCACUCCUAGUGAUUCAAAUCAUUCGUGGAGUUUACUUACACUUGUUGGCAACAACAUCCUUGCUGUAUGUAGCAGCCCUAUAAACAUCCCUCAAAUCAAAUAUGGUACUACCCUAACCAAGGAAGAAUCCGAAGAUGUUGUUUGGCGUUGGCUAGAUGUCUCACGCCCUAUAUCCAAAUGUCAAGAGGAAGAGAACCUUUUACUGUCUGCUCUCCAAUAUGAUAUAUUGAAGAUACCUGUCAAGAGUGACCCUGAGAACCACACGAAAGGUGCCUGCAAACCUUUUGAAGCAAUAUUUGUAUCUUCAAAGACGAAGCAAGAUGUUUGUGACCCACUGGUUGUAAUCCUUCAUGGAGGCCCACAAGAUGUUUCACUAACGAGCUUCUCAAAGUCCUCAGCUUUUCUUGCUUCAAUUGGCUUUAGCUUGUUAAUUGUGAACUAUAGAGGCUCACUUGGAUUUGGCGAGGAAGCACUACAAUCACUUCCGGGAAAAGUCGGAUCACAGGAUGUAAACGACGUCCUUACAGCUAUAGAUCAUGUCAUUAACAUGGGGCUUGCAGACCCAUCGAAAAUAACGGUGGUGGGUUUGUCACAUGGUGGUUUUUUAGCUUGUCACUUGAUCGGUCAGGCGCCAGAUAAAUUUACUGCUGCUGUUGCGAGGAACCCUGUUUGUAAUCUUGGUUUAAUGGCUGGUACAUCAGAUAUACCAGAUUGGUGCUUUGUGGAGGCAUUCGGAAAUGAGGGGAUUUCUAACUAUACAGAAGCCCCUUCACCAGAACUCCUCUCAUUAUUUCAUGAAAAGUCUCCAAUUUCACAUGUUCAAAAGGUGAAAACUCCUACUCUAUUCCUUUUAAGUGCUAAAGAUCUCCGUGUCCCGAUUACAAACGGAUUGCAAGAAAACGAAGUUCCGGUGAAAGUGAUCAUUUUUCUUGAAGAUAUACAUCCCAUUAAUAGACCACAAUCAGAUUUUGAAAGCUUUGUUAACAUAGGAAUUUGGUUCAAGAAGUAUUGUAAGUAAUACAUCAGUUUGGACUAGAGAAUCAAUCUAUAUAUGUAAGUUGUUUUUCCAAAUGUCUGGUGUAAAUGAGGCCAAUUCCAAAUCUGUUGGUUUAUUAAUCUAUUCUGUACAACAGUACCUUUAAUUAUUCAGAAUUACACUUGCUGAAGCAACACUUUAACAAAAGUUCGGUGGCCUCCAUAGACAAGGAGUAGUGUAUGUAGCAAUGUUUAAUAGGAUAACUGUUGUAUGUCAAUCUAACCAAAACACACACAUGUAGUUUCUUGUUAUAUGUUUUCUUGUUAAUUACUAUAUACUUUGCUUCGUGUAGUUCAAUACAA